AUGAGACUGGAGCAGGAGAGGAGCCACCUGCUCACGGCUCACCUCCAAGAGACACAAGAACUGAAGGAAGAAGUGAGGCGUCUGAAGACCCAGAAGUCUGCUACAGAGCUACAGAUACAAAGAGAGGAGGCCCGGGCCCUGAAGGAGGCCUGUGUCCGAUCUGUGGACAUGAACCAGAACUAUUCCAACAUGGUGUCCUCUCUGAAGGAGGAGAACCUGGCCCUGAAGGAGGCGUGUGUCCGAUUUGUGGACAAGAACCAGAAGUACUCCAAUAUUGUGGUGGAGUCUCUACAAAGGGCUAUGACGGCUUUGGAGGAGGAGAGGAGGCUGAAGGACUCCACCAUCAGAGAAAUGGAGGAGAACCUUCUCUGUAAGAAGAGGAACCUUCGGAGGCAGGCGGAGACUCAGAGCAGGAUCCUGGAGGCUUUGAACGACGCCAACAUGGACCUGGAAGCCUUAAACCACAGGAUGAAGAUACUAGGGGCCAUGAACUCUCGUCUGCAUGAUGAUGAAGAUGAUGAUGAUGAUGAAGAAGAACUGCAGACCGGGACUCAGGACCAGGAACCGUACCAGAGAGAAGAAAUGGAGGAGAACCUUGCGGAGGCUUGGGCCCAAUGGGACCAAAUGAUGGGCAUCAAAUGGAACUGUAAGCCAGAGCCAGUCCCACCUCCCCCCUGCCCCUGCUGCCCCUCCUGCACCUAA